AUGUUAUCGUUGGUUCAUCUACGUUUACUGCUUAUCAAAGAAUUUACUAUUCUUUGGCGAAGUAAGAUAUGGAGCAUUGUUGAAAUAGCCAUUCCUCUGGUCAUCUCCGUCCCUCUCAUCACUCUUGUCCUGCAGAACUCAUCAUCUAUCAAACAUGAAGCGCAGUUCUGGGAAUCAUUUCAAGUGACAGGAGACUGGAGAGAUAUAGAUCGACGUCUCGGUAAUAUGCAGUCAAUUUACAGUUACUGUGGAAUGCUUAGUCAGAGAAGUUUAGGACUUGUAUUCCCAAGCAAUAUGGAUAAGGAACAGAUUUUGUGGAUAUCUCGCGAGAUAGAAUUUCGUUAUUUGAUGAAUAAUUCAGCUUUGCAUUCACACAUUUAUAAGUUGAAUGUGAAAAUAUUUCCAACUGAGGCAGCUAUGAUGGAAGUGCUGUUGGAGGAUUACCACCGUUCUUUCAUGUGUACUAAAUAUAUUGCUGGUAUUAUAUUUGACGAAUACAACAGUAGCAUAUCGCGCCUCUCUUAUACGAUACGAAUACGCCAGACAGAAGAUCCUCAAACACGAUGGUAUAUUGGUGAUGACGUCUGGGAGAAUGGGGGACCAUAUGAAAUUUCAAAUGAUCCGUUUAUAAUGAAUAUGAUGCCCAAUUAUUGGUCUCUUGGUAUCUUGUCACUACAGUAUGCAAUUGAUACUGUAUUUCUUAAAGGAAUUGAUGGUGAGAAAAACAACGACAGCAAUUUUCAACUCAGUUUGGAACGUAUCCCUGAGCCGCCAUAUUUUGAAAAAUCAAUCGUAGAAUUCCUUUCUUUUCUGAUAAUUUUCUGGCAGUUGUUUACUUUGCCCUGUAUUUUGCAUACCGUUACAAAUAUUGCUUCUGAAAAACAUAGUGGUAUGAAGGCAUUUCUAACAGUAAUGGGCAUGCAGUCCUCUACAUUUUAUAUUGCACAUGCAGUAAUUGGUUUCAUCAAAGCUAUGGCAGUCUUGCUGUCAUGUACAAUUAUGUUACUCCCAGAGAUUCAGGCAAUAUCUCCAUGGUUAUUUUUUUCUACUAACUUUAUUUAUGGUACCGGUGCUGUUACUUUUGCUCUUUUAAUGUCCUGCAUUUUCCAUAGUCCUGGUGCAGCGGCGAAAGGAACUGCUGUUAUUUGGAUUGCAACUAUUGGCUUGACAAGAUUGAAAGUGACAGAAGGAUCAGUUCUUCUAAAUAUUAUACUUUCAUUGAAUUUAAACUAUUCUUUUAUUUGUGCUUAUCAUGCUAUGCAGGAUUAUAUGAAUCGAGAUGAAUACUUGGGUACCUAUAAUAUGUUUGAAAAUACGACGUAUAUAUUUCCACUCGGAAUGGCGCUAAUAAUGAUGAUAUUUGAUAUAGUUUGGAUGUCAGUUUUAGCGAUUUAUUUGGACAAUGUCUAUCCCUCUGGUGAUUUGCCACGGAAGGAUUGGUUUUUCUUUUUACGUCGAUCGAACAGCGACCGCCAGCAAUGCGAUUUUUACGAUUCUUCCGAUACUCCGAGUGAGAACAUUCAGGAACAUGGAGACGACCAAGCAGACAUCGAUAUACGGCAUUUGACGAAAACUUUUGCCGUAAUACCGGCUGUUGAUGGCAUGUCUUUUCGUGCUUAUCGAGGAGAGAUAACCGUUCUUCUGGGACACAAUGGUGCCGGGAAAAGUACAACAUUCUCGUUGAUAACAGGCCUUAUUUCACCAACUUCUGGCUCUAUUUACAUUUGUGGCAGCAGGAUGGAAUCAAGUUCCAUUGACUACUGCCAACGAGAGAUCGGUUUCUGCCCACAGUAUAAUGCACUAUUUAAUUUGCUGACAGUACGCGAACAUUUGGAGAUGUUUCGGAAACUCAGCAGCAGUAGAGCUAAUUGUGCUAUGAAGCUGAUGAAGGAUAUCCAAUUGGACAAUGUAGCUGACGUGAUUGCUGAGAAACUAAGUGGCGGAAUGAAAAGAAAAUUGUGUGUCGGAAUAUCUUUGGUUGGUGGACGACGCGUUAUACUGUUAGAUGAACCUACAGCUGGUAUGGAUCCAGCUUCUAGACAAGCCAUCUUCCAACUUCUUCAACAUUGCAAACGUGAUAGAACUAUUCUUUUAACAACACAUUGUAUGGAUGAAGCAGAUUUACUGGGUGAUCGCAUAGCAAUUAUGGUAAGGGGUCGAUUAAUUUGUGCCGGUACGUCGGAAUUCUUGAAAAAUCGUUUUGGAACAGGGUAUUUGUUGUCGAUUGAUUUGAUGCCUCAAAAAAAUUUGCAUUAUUUUGAUCAGAAGGAACAGUUGUUGUCAGCUAUUAGAAAAUAUAUCCCUGAAACUGAAAAACAAUCAGCAACUUCUCAUCAGAUGACUGUUUUAUUACCUAUUGAAUGCAAGAAGAGCUUUCCCAAUCUGUUUACUGAGCUGGAACAGAAUGCUGGCAAAUACGGUAUCAAUUCAUUUGGCUUAUCAUUGAAUACAUUGGAACAAGUUUUCCUAAAAGUUGGAGAACUUGAGGAUGUUAAUUUAACAUCUAUAACCGACCUGGAAAAUAUGGCGGAGCAACAAGCUUCCAUAUUAUGUAGUAAUUCAUUUAUGCAUACAGGAUUGUUGCUAUGGCUCACACAGGUUACUGCUUUGCUUAGAAAGCGUUUCAUAUGCUAUCAGAAGCAAUGGUCACGACUUAUUUGUCAAAUCUUACUUCCUAUAAUUGUGCUCUUAUUUAUUGUUUUUUAUGUGAAAAAUUUGUCAACUCAAGAGAAAAGACAGGAAAUUUUGUUGAAUGCAGGACGUAUAAGUCCAUGUGUUGUGCCUGUACAGCUGGAGAAUCCUGAAGAGCUAUUCGGUCAUAAUGUCCUGGAAAUAAUACGAAAUAUAACCGGAUAUUCAUACAAGCUAGUCUCCACGUCUGAAAGCAUGGAGCUUAAUCUUGCUAAAUUGCCUAAAAUACCACCACCUGUCGGCAUGGCUGUCACGUACAACACAAAGGGCGGUUACAUUGCUGCUACGGCAUUUUUCAACGCUAAAGCUAGAUAUGGACCGGUUAUUGCAACGACGUUAGUGAACAAUGCAAGGUUGGGGCAGUCUGCAGAUUCCAUUGAAGUUUCAUUCCUUCCAUAUGGGAAUGUAAGCGGUGUUAGUCCGUUAGUCUCAUUGAAUUCUCACAUGUUUUUGAUAGCACCUAUUUUGAUUAUCAUUUUCGCUUUUGUCUCAUCUGGCUUCGUAACUUAUGUUGUCGAUGAUCUCAACACUAAUUUUCUUUAUCAGCAACUUCGUACUCGAUUAAAUACAUUCACUUAUUGGUUGUCUAUGAUAAUUUCGGAUUUAAUACUCUAUGCAUUUAUCUGUGCAGUUUUCAUUGCCAUUUUAGGCGAAUGGUUGAGUAACCUUAAAUUUGAUGUGAUGUUGCUUUGGUUGAUAUAUUUAUGGCCAACAUUGCCAUUUGUUUAUUGCAUGGCUUUCCUAAUUAGGCAUUCAGCACGAGCUUAUAUUGUCCUAAUUAUCAUAACACUGGUCGUUGCUCUUUGUGCUAGUAUCAUAUCCUACAUUAUGAUGUCCAUAAAGCCGAAGUUAUUUCCGUAUUUACAUACAACAUUCUUGCUUGCGCUGCCGACGUACAGCAUGUCAUACAGUUUGAUUAUAAUUUUAGUUGCUGAUGUCAACAAGGACACGAAUGGUCUGUACAGCUGGGAGAAACUUGGACGUGUUUAUGUCAUGAUGUUCUUCUCGGGUCUUUUAUUUUGGAUUAUUUUAAUAAUGAUGAAUUUCAAGCCCCUGACCAUGUAUAUGCACGAUUUGUUGUCGAUAAUACGGAGAACACCAUCAUGUUUAUCACUGUAUGAAGACAACUUGGAAGAUGUUGAUGUAAAGAAAGAACGAGAAUGUGUAUCGCGGAAAAGGAAUACCGAGCUAUCGCUUGCUGUCCGUAAUUUGAAUAAGUACUAUGGGGAUUUGCACGCUGUUCGUGCUCUUACAUUUGGUGUCGAACCCGGUGAAUGCUUUGGUCUUCUGGGUGUAAAUGGUGCAGGUAAAACAUCAGCAUUUGAUAUGCUAACUGGUGUAUCCAUACCAGAUGGAGGCGAAGCUUUCAUCAACGGCCGUUCUAUUUUGAAGAAACAGACUAUUGGGUUUUGUCCACAGUUCGACGCUCUUCAUCCUAAACUAACAGCUAAAGAAACUCUACGACUUUUGGCCUCACUUUAUGGCUUUGUUAAUCCAAUGAAACGUGUCAAAACUCUCCUUGAAGCAGUAUCCUUAACAGAGCAUGCGGAUUCUUGCGUCGAGUUUCUUAGUGGUGGGCAGCGACGGCGUUUAAGUGUAGCAGUAGCGUUGAUUUCACAAACUAAUUUAAUACUGUUGGAUGAGCCGACUGCUGGUGUUGAUCCGAAAGCAAGGCGCCAAAUUUGGUGUUUACUCAAUGCAGUACGUGAAAGACAGCAAGCGGUGCUUCUUACCUCACAUAGCAUGAAUGAGUGCGAAGCACUCUGUAAUCGUGUUGGCAUAAUGGAUCAGGGAUCUUUGAUUGCUAUUGGAUCACCACAACAUAUUAAAACAAGAUUUGGUGAAAAAUACACACUGAUUAUAACAAUUGCUGACCAAUAUAGACGGGAAGUUCUAAUUUCUUCUAUCAAAGAAAUUUUUCCUGUUUGUGCUGAGAAGGGUCCUCAUAGCACAUGCUUAUUAUGGGAUAUUACAAAGAGAGAAGGUGACAGGUGGUCGGAGAUGUAUGGAAAAUUAUGCCAACUUGCGGGACGGUUUCCAUGGAUUCUUGAUUAUUCAUUGACACAGACGACACUUGAAGGAGCCUUUUUGCAACUUUCACAGCGCGAAAAGUGA